AUGGUUCGAUAUUUGUGUCAAUCAUGCAAUAGAACAUAUAUUUACGGUGAGAUUCACCAUUGCAAAUUUUACAAGAACAAUGGCUAUGUGUUUUUACCACGAAGAUCAGAAGAAUCAGAAGAGCUGAAUAAAAAGAAUGGUGACCGAAAGGGCACAUUUAAGGAAAGAAAGGAUGAUAAUAAUGAGACUCUAUAUCAAGAAGCUCGACAAUAUGAUAGUGAAAAAACUACACUAAUGAAUUCAUCUAUAAAUGAAAAUAAUGAUAAAGUUUUCUUUCUGCCUGUCUCAAAUAGAAAACGAAAAAUGAAGAUUUCUACUGAGACAACCUCGCACCAUGCACAAAUUAGAAAUCUGCCUGGUACACCAAUAUUGGACGUUCAAGCGAAUAAUGAAAAUGCAUCAGUAAAUGUUUUACCGGAAAAUAUUGAAAAUUCCUCCAAUUCUGAAAGAGGCUCUAAGUCGGCUUGCACGAAAACAACAGAUAACACCGGAUCUCUCCAUGAGCAAAACAAAGGUGGAUCAAAUCAUUCAAAUUCAACCUCCGGGAAAGCUAGCGAAGAAUGCCGAAUGUCUCUUGAAGAGAUCAAAUGGCAAUCUCUUAAUAAUGAUAAAGAUUUGUUUAUGGAUUCCCUGGAAUGUGUUAUUAAAAGCGCUCUUUUUGAAAAUAAAAAUAUUUCUGUGAGUAAGAAUUUUUCUAUGAAUUCUGAUUUUUCGCCAGGAAAUAAUAAACGGAAAGAUGUCAAGUUUGAAAUUUCAUGGGAUCUAAAAAACGAGCUUAUUUCACCUGAAGUUACUUCCGAAGAUUCCAGUAACAGUGACGAAAGGACUGAAAACGAGAAAGAAGUUUUGUGUUCCAGGAAAGACGGCAAUCUGGUAGCUGGACCUUCAAGAAUACGUCCCCAUAAGAAAAAUUUCAUCUGCGAUAAUUGUACUAAAGAGUUUAAAUUUAAAAAUUGGCUUACAAAUCAUUAUCGAAAACAUACUGGAGAAAAACCAUUACAGUGCAGAAUUUGA